GCCAUGGUGAACCCCGGCGGCAGCGCGCAGCCGCCCCCGGUGACGGCGGGCUCCCUCUCGUGGAAGAGGUGCGCCGGCUGCGGGGGGAAGAUCGCCGAUCGCUUCCUGCUCUACGCUAUGGACAGCUACUGGCACAGCCGCUGCCUCAAGUGCUCCUGCUGCCAGGCCCAGCUGGGGGACAUCGGCACGUCCUGCUACACCAAGAGCGGCAUGAUCCUCUGCAGAAACGACUACAUCAGGUUAUUUGGAAAUAGUGGUGCUUGCAGUGCCUGCGGACAGUCCAUUCCUGCUAGCGAGCUGGUCAUGAGGGCACAGGGCAAUGUCUAUCAUCUGAAGUGUUUUACAUGCUCUACCUGCCGGAAUCGCCUGGUCCCGGGAGAUCGGUUUCACUACAUCAAUGGCAGUUUAUUUUGUGAACAUGAUAGACCUACAGCUCUCAUCAAUGGCCAUUUGAAUUCACUUCAGAGUAACCCACUACUGCCAGACCAGAAGGUCUGCUAAAAGGUCAGAGUAUUGCAGAAUGCGUGCCUUCAUCUCAAAUUUUGUUCAUCACAGAUGGAUCCCAUGUCUCCAAGUAGACAAGUCACCUUUGUAGCUAGCAUCAGUGCCAGCUCCAUACCAUUGCACCUUCUUUAUUCUUGAUUGCCCUUCCCACAUUUAUUGGUGUAUUAAAAUGACUGAAUAUGAACAUUAAGGACUCCAUGAACCUGGGCUAAUGGGAGACUGUAGAGAAAAUGAAAAAAGAUCCACCGGAGGACAUCUUUGGGGGGGUGGGUGGGGAAGAUGACUAAUGAAGCUAAUUAAAAGAAGCAUUGAAAUCUGCUUUCUACCCUCAUUAACAAUUAGCAGGGCACUGGCCAGUUUGUACCCUGUAUUUUACCUUAACAACAUUCUAUUUGCUCUUUGUAUAUUUAAGUGUUGUAAGGAAAUGUGUUUCAAUCAAACUGAACAUGAGAUAAAGGAAAGAUGUGGCUUUUGUGAUAUUCUAUCACAAACACUUUUAUUGUAUCUCUGUAAAAUACAAUGUAUGUAUGCAUGUAAGUGUUUUUGUCCUAAUGUUGCUACUUCCCAUGGCAAAAAAAAAAAAAAAAGGAGAAAAAGGAAAAAAAAAGUCAGGCUCAUAGCAGCUACUGUGUAGAAAUUUUCACCUACUUCUAAUUUGCUGAAUGAAGAAAAAUCUUUUAUUUGUGAUAUUUUCAGAGACAUUUGCUCUAGUAUGGUGUAUUUAAAUAAUAAAAAGUAAAACAAAAACCACUGAAUUGAGUUUGGGUUUUAGAAACGUUGCUGUUUUUUUCUUGAAAAAAAAAAAACAAACAACAAAACUACACUCAAAAUAGUGCUCUGAAACAAAGUCAUUGCCUUAAUUGUCAGUUUCCUUUAAAAAUAAGGUUUUGGUUUGGAGGUUUUUGGUGGGUUCCUUUUUUGUUUUGUCUUAUGCCACUAAAGAACCUGUUAAACUACCGUGUUAAUUUUGGUGUGGAUACAGGGAGGCGCUGCUUCAAAGUGAUCAUUAGUUUUCAUUGAGAUUCUUGCUUCUAAUAACAGCAAAUGCAAGACAGUUCAGAUUGUGGUUAAGUGUGGUACACGUUAUAGGUGUUGUGGUCUCUUUCUAUCUGGCUCCUCCCUGCAAAACUGCCCAUGUUAGAUGUAUGCGUGUGUCUGUGAGUGUGCAAGCAUGAGGGUGUAUGAACACACUUCAAGAGAUCCAGAAAUAAAAGCAAAGAAGGUGUGUACCUCAUGCGGAGCACUAGAAUUGAGCAUUCAUAGAGAGGAAUACAAUAGCUGUUCUGAUCUGAAUAAAAAUAAACUGGAAUUUGCUGUGCAAGAAACUUUUAAAACUAAUAAUCUGAAGGAAAGAAAAGCGAGCUUCCUGGGCUACUUCCAAGGACAAACUGAUGGCAGCUAUGGUUUGCUCUCUGGAAGGAAACAAAAAAACAACGCCCUCCAAAGUAAGAAAACUUUCUCUAAGCUUAGAAAGAGGGCAGCUUUGUUCAGUGGGCCUUUCCCUUCAGGUCUGUGCAGACCAACUCUGAGAAGAAAAUCCUCAUUUUUCAUACUUAUAGCAAGAACAGUAACAUGAAUCUGUGAUGCACUGUUUGCCUUCAGUCAGGGAACUGCAGGCACCCAGAAGGUGCCUCUGCUGCAACUCAGAGCAAAUCAGCAUUACCAGCUGUUUGACUUCUAUCAGAGAAUAAUGCAUUUGAAAUACAGUGUGAUUAUGUUCUCUUUUUAAAUUUGUUUUCAAGAAGGCGUAGCUUGUUUGGUUAUGGAGUGAGCUUCACUUACUUUUGUUGUGAUGCUGGUGCAUAAGAAGCAGAUUUGUAGAUUUGUCUGUCUGAACAACCAGUAGCAGAUACAUUUUGUUUCAGAUUCUACUUCUUGGCCUAGUGUGCUGAGGUCUCUUGGAUUUCUUCCUUCAGCACUUCAUUGCCUUGGCAAAAAUAGGACUGUUGAAGAGAAAAGAAAAAAAUAUAACAUACGGUGACAGACAGUAAAGAUAACAGAAUACUUAUCAUAUAAAGCGAUAUGAAGCUGUGUAUGACUUUUUUAAUUAAAUGCACUUAUGUAUUUUUAAAAAUAAGUUUCUAAGCUUUUUGAUCUCGCAUUACAGUCUUUAGGUAAGAGUUUUGCAAAUUGUGUGGCUGGAACAUCUUUGAAAAGACACUCGAAAUCAUACAAAUGUGGAAUUCAAGUAUCAGUGAGUCUGUAGGCAUCCUGUAAUUAUUCCAGUAUAAGCACUCAAGGUGCCACGGUUAAAUCUAACGUGCAGAUUUUCGGUUGUCCAAUGUAACCUAGAAGUGCUAAGAAGAUACCUAAUAACUUCUAGUAAGUAAUGUAGUAUAGCGUUCAGUGAUGUAGAGGUUGAAGUUCAUUAACAGCUUUAAAUAAACUAUUAUAUGACUCGUUUGUAAA